UUUUCCUCAGAAGUGGAAAACCAAAGCAAACAAACCGAAUAAAUUUCACAAAUUUCUUCUUUGAGAAGCUCUUACAGACAACAAAAAUGUCGAUGAUUCCAAGCUUCUUCGGUAACAACAGGCGUGGCAACAACAGCUUCUUCGACCCUUUCUCGCUUGACGUUUGGGAUCCGCUCAGGGAGUUCUCUUCCCUUUCCCGAGACAACAACUCCGCGAUCGUGAACGCGCGCGUGGACUGGAAGGAGACCCCCGAGGCGCACGUUUUCAAGGCGGACUUGCCCGGACUCAAAAAGGAGGAAGUGAAGGUGGAGAUCGAGGAAGACAGCGUGCUGAAGAUCAGCGGAGAGAGACACGUGGAGAAGGAGGACAAGAACGACACGUGGCACCGUGUGGAGAGGUCGAGCGGGCAGUUCACGAGGAAGUUUAGGCUUCCGGACAAUGUGAAGAUGGAUCAGGUGAAGGCUGCGAUGGAGAAUGGUGUUUUGACUGUGACGGUUCCUAAGGUUGAGACCAAGAAGCCUGAUGUUAAGUCUAUUCAGAUCUCUGGCUAAGACGCAUUCGAUGACCGUUGCUUCGAGCUGUUUUCCUUAUAAGUCUUGUGUGUUCAAUGUGUUGUGUGUGUACUAGUUCUGUUUUAUUGAGUGGUGGUGGUGCUGAUGCAUCUUAAUAAAAGUGGAAUAAAUAAUUUAAUGUGAA